AACGGGACCCACCCGUUUCCAGCAUCGUCCUUCACCAACAACUUCCCGUCUCACCUACCCACAAAUCUCUCCUCCUUUUUCUUCUUCAGACAAUGUUUCUUCCUUCCCCAAAAAACAAAUCAGAACCUCCCUCUUCCCUUCUCGCCUAACCCCCAUCCAAAACCCGAACCCGAAACCCGCCCCAUGGCAUGCACGACAAACGCUUUCUUUCUUUCUCUCUCAUCCAAGCCCAAUGCCAAGUUGUCGUCUGACUUCAGCCCCAACUCCUCAGACUUUUUUGUACGGCUUAAUAAACCCGCCAAGGUUUCUCUCCGCAGUUCGAGUUACGGUGAGUUGAAUCCAGGACGAGUUGCUUUGUCCAGACAGAGUGGACUCAGGGGGAGGAUUUGCUCGAAGGCGACCAAGAUGAUGGAUCAGUCAGUUGGUGAAAAGAGCUCCAAAUCUCCCACUAUUGUUGAGGUGGAUUUGGGCAACCGGAGCUACCCAAUCUACAUCGGAUCCGGGUUGCUUGAUCAACAUGAACUUCUUCAAAAGCAUGUUAAUGGAAAGAAAGUUCUUGUGGUAACUAACACUACAAUUGCUCCUUUAUAUUUGGAUAAAGUCGUUGAUGCUUUAACAAAAGGAAACCCGAAUGUUUCUGUCGAAAAUGUGAUAUUACCUGAUGGAGAGAUGUAUAAAAACAUGGACACUCUCAUGAAAGUUUUUGACAAGGCCAUCGAGUCGCGAUUGGACCGGAGAUGUACAUUUGUUGCUCUUGGAGGCGGUGUGAUUGGUGACAUGUGUGGUUUUGCUGCUGCCUCUUUUCUUCGUGGUGUUAAUUUUAUCCAGAUUCCUACUACUGUUAUGGCACAGGUGGAUUCUUCGGUUGGGGGUAAAACUGGCAUAAACCAUCCCCUCGGGAAGAACUUGAUUGGUGCUUUCUACCAACCACAAUGUGUGCUCAUAGACACAGAUACAUUGGAGACAUUGCCAGAUAGGGAACUGGCAUCAGGUUUGGCUGAGGUUAUAAAAUAUGGGCUCAUCAGAGAUGCUGAGUUUUUUGAGUGGCAGGAAAAGAAUAUGGAGAAAUUGAUAGCAAGGGAUCCUAAUGCACUGGCUUAUGCUAUAAAGCGAUCAUGUGAAAACAAGGCUGAGGUUGUGUCAUUAGAUGAGAAGGAAGGUGGAUUGAGGGCUACACUGAACUUGGGUCACACAUUUGGUCAUGCAAUCGAAACUGGGUUUGGAUAUGGACAGUGGCUUCAUGGAGAAGCUAUUGCAGCUGGCAUGGUCAUGGCUGUUGACAUGUCAUAUCGCCUUGGUUGGAUUGACAGUUCAAUUGUCAAACGAGUUAAUGACAUUUUACUGCGGGCUAAGUUACCCACUGCUCCUCCUGAAACCAUGACUGUGGAAAUGUUUAAGUCUGUCAUGUCGGUUGAUAAGAAGGUAGCUGAUGGGCUGCUAAGGCUUAUCCUUCUGAAAGGUCCUCUUGGCAAUUGUGUUUUCACAGGCGAGUAUGAUAGAAAGGCCCUGGAUGAUACACUAUCUGCAUUUUGCAAGUCGUAAUUCCAGAUUUACACAAUUAUUCUUCCAGAUCCUUGGAUCGCGUAUCUUAAUGCUCAUGCUAGUAAUUUUUAUUGUACUCUAGGAUUCUUUCUUUUCUUGAGCUUCGUUUGCAAAAGGCUUAUACCCUGUUGUAAUGUUAGUAUUUAUGGUGGUCAAUAAAAAAAACAAAUAUGCUAAAGUAUUUUUGUAUCAUUUGAUUUAAUUAUUUGCUUACUUCUCUCUUGGAUCGCCAUUUUCAUUCUACUAUUUAAAUGUGGUUUAAAGGUGCUUGGAAGGAAAAGACACUUGAAUUUUACCAUUUGAGGAAUUUACACAACAGUUUUGCAUUCGGGGAGGAUUCGGAUGGAAAGUAAUGAAAUGGAGAGAGGAAUUAUUGA